UUCCCAUUGAACUUUAGACUCGAUCACACUGAAACCUAACCCGGACAUAUCGCCGUCAAUAAACCGGAUUGGAUAAUCGGCGACAGGUCCGUAUUUUGAAGCGUCGAUUUGGUUUUUGUGGGUCAAAGAAAAAACGCACACCACUGAAGGAAGAAGAACACAGUGACUCACGAGUGUAGCGUCGGCGGCGCGUACAAGUAACCUUCCAAAACCCUAACCGUCACCACCGCUCUUUCAAUUCGCUUCUAUCACGUUGUUUACAGUGUUCAUUGAUCACUGAUCAGAGUAGCAUGCACUAGCAUUGCUUUCCUAUUGGUGUUUGUUAUUGCUGAAGAUUCUGUGCCAAAUGGAUUUGGUAUCAAGUUGCAAGGAAAAGUUGAAUUAUUUUCGUGUAAAAGAGCUCAAAGAUGUGCUCACUCAGUUGGGACUUUCAAAGCAGGGAAAGAAGCAGGAUCUUGUUGAAAGGAUAUUAUCUGUUCUCUCAGAUGAACAAGUUGCCAAAACGUGGGCUAAGAAGAAUGCUGUUGGAAAAGAACAGGUGGUAAAAUUAGUGGAUGACACAUACAGACAAUUACAGGUAUCGGGUGUGAGUGAUCUAGCAUCAAAGGGGCAGGGUGCCUCAGACUGCAGUAAUGUGAAAAUGAAAGGGCAGGGUACCUCAGAUUGCAGUAAUGUGAAAAUUAAAGGGCAGGGUGCCUCAGAUUGCAGUAAUGUGAAAAUUAAAGAUGAAAUUGAUGAUUCCUAUCAACCAGAUACAAAGAUUCGCUGUCUUUGUGGAAGUUCGCUGGAAUCUGAGACAUUGAUCAAGUGUGAAGAUGCAAGAUGCCAUGUGUCACAGCAUAUCAACUGUGUCAUUAUUCCUGAUAAACCUACCGAAGGAAUCCCACGAGUUCUUGAUAAAUUUUAUUGCGAAAUAUGUCGACUCGGUCGCGCAGAUCCAUUUUGGCAUUCAGUGGUGCACCCUUUGUUUCCUGUGAAGUUGACUACAACCCAUAUUCCAACUGAUGGAACCAACCCAGUGCAGAGUGUUGAGAGAACAUUUCUAAUAACGAGAGCAAACAAGGACUUGGUAUCAAAAUCGGAAUUUGAAGUUCAGGCUUGGUGUAUGCUUCUAAAUGAUAAAGUUCCAUUCAGGAUGCAAUGGCCUCAAUAUUCAGACCUACAGGUCAAUGGUGUUCCUGUUCGUGCAAUUAACAGACCUGGUUCACAAUUGCUUGGGGCUAAUGGUCGUGAUGAUGGUCCAAUUAUCACUCCGUAUACAAAAGAUGGAAUUAAUAAGAUUUCCUUGACGGGGUGUGACUCUCGCAUUUUCUGUUUAGGGGUACGGAUUAUUAAAAAGCGCAGUCUGCAACAGGUUCUAAACAUCAUUCCAAAGGAGUCUGAUGGUGAGCGUUUUGAAGAUGCUCUUGCACGAGUUUGUGGUCGUGCUGGUGGUGGAAAUGCAACAGAUGAUGGUGAUAGUGACAGUGAUUUGGAAGUUGUUUCAGAUACUUUUAGCAUCAACCUUCGUUGUCCAAUGAGUGGUUUAAGAAUGAAGAUCGCAGGAAGAUUUAAACCUUGUAUUCACAUGGGUUGUUUUGAUCUUGAAGUUUUUGUGGAGUUGAAUCAACGUUCAAGAAAGUGGCAAUGCCCCAUAUGCCUUAAAAAUUACGCAUUGGAGAAUAUCAUUAUUGAUCCUUAUUUCAACCGCAUUACUACUAUGAUGAAAAAUUGUGGAGACGAGUUUACAGAGGUUGAGGUGAAGCCUGAUGGUUAUUGGCGUGUCAAGGCUAAGAAGGAUAGUGAAUGCCGGGAGUUAGGGACUCUUUCUCAAUGGCACUGUCCUGAUGGAUCCCUCUCUGUUUCUACCAAUGCAGAAGACAAGAGAGUAGAAGCUUUGAAGCUCAAACAGGAAAGCGUUUCAGACAGUCCUGGUUUAAGACUUGGCAUCAAGAAGAAUUGUAAUGGAGUUUGGGAAGUGAGCAAACCGAUUGGCACAAACACCUCUUCUGGUAAUCGAUUGGAUGAUGAUUUUGGAAAUCCUGAACAAGUGAUUAUUCCAAUGAGCAGCAGUGCAACUGGAAGUGGCCAGGAUGGUGAUGAUCCAAGCGUUAAUCAAGGUGGCAGUGGGCAAAUUGAUUUUGCUACUACCAAUGGGAUUGAGAUGGAUUCUGUUCGUCUCAUGAAUGUUGAUUCAACUAAUGGAUAUACUGCUCGUAAUACUUCUGCUCCAGUGGGUGAUGCAGAAGUUAUUGUUCUAAGCGAUUCUGACGAUGAUAUAUUGGUAUCUCCUACAGUUAGUUACAAAAACAAUCAAAAUGGUGGUACAGUUGAUAUUUACUCUGUGCCACCACCUGGAAUUAUCGACCCAUAUGCAGAAGUUCACAAUCUUGAUGGAAACCCAUGCUUGGAGGCUUUUAAUAAUGCCAGUGAAGAUGAUUUUGGGAUUCCCUCCGUCUGGCCAUUGCAUUCUGGAACUCAACCAGGCUCAGGAUUCCAGUUAUUCACUUCUGAUGUGGAUGCAUCAGAUGGAUUGGUCCAUUUGCCGCAUGGUGAUGAUAUUAAUUGCUCCUCAUCACUGAAUGGUUACACAUUGGCUCCAGAGACUGCUUUGGGAUCUAGUACUCUUAUAGAAGACACCUCUGCAGGUCGGUCUGAUGCUGAUUUAAAUGGUGGCUUGGUUGACAAUCCAUUGGCAUUUGCUGGAGAGGAUCCCUCUCUUCAGAUUUUUCUCCCUACAAGACCAGCAGGAUCAUCUAUGCCGCAUGAAUUGAGAGAUCAUGCAGAUGUGUCAAAUGGUGUCUGCACUGAUGAUUGGAUCUCUCUUAGGCUUGGGGAUGGUGCUGGUGAAAGUAAUGGUGAACCUUCCACUACAGAUGGGUUGAAUUCCAGACCGCAGCUUACAUCCAGAGAAGGCGCCACCGAUUCUUUGACUGAUACUGCUUCUUUGCUUCUCGGUAUGAAUGAUGUCAGAUCUGACAAUGCAAAUAAGAAAAGAUCAGAUAAUCCUUUCUCAUUUCCUCGCCAAAAACGUUCAGUAAGGUCUCGCUUGUAUCUUUCUAUUGAUUCGGAUUCGGAGUGAGGUAUUAGACCUUGUAUCUCUAACAACUUUAGAUGCCCUUACCCCCCUCAUUGUAUACUUAGAAACUGAAGUAAGUUAAGCAGAACUUUUGGUCCUCAGGAAAUGAGAGUUGACGUGGUCUGAACAUCUCUGUUGGAGCUGCGUUAUGAAAUCUUGCACCUUUUGGCUGUCAUUUUCCUAUUGGCAAAUAGAUGUUGGCUGCAAAGGUUCUCAGUUAUUUAUGUGUGAUAUUCAAAUUGCCCUUAUGGCACAUUUUGACAGGUCGCGGGCAUGCUAUUGUUCCCUUAGACAUCGAGGAUCUGAUGUUACAUGUAGUGCUGCUCGUUGUCCCGAUGGACAUCCAGAGCUGUUAGUUCAAACUUUUUGAUAUGGUGGGGAGCUCCCCACUAAGGAAUACUAAAUCUGCAAUUUUGUCUUUGCUGAUAGCAAUUAAUCUGUAAAUGUUUUAUCUUAUUUACACCCAGGUAGAUGCUCAAUUUUGUAAUAUAUGGUAGCCAAUAUUUGUAAUAUAUUUAGCCAUUGAAGUUGCCUCCUGGAUUGUAAAUCUUGGUGAGGUUCAACAUUUUACCCGUCAGUUUGAAUAGCUGGUGUCAAUAGUUGAAUAUGAGCUUCAAUGUGGUGGAAAUAUUGACCCUA